AAUCACGCGUUUUGUGGGAUCGAAGAAAGCAACAAAUAACGCGUUUAAGCUCAUUAAAUCUCUUUUUAUUCUUUAAUCCUACUGAACACACUUCUUCUUUGCUUCAAAGCCAGUGCUGCCUAAGAAGCAAGAAGAAGAAAAAUAAGUAUGUUGAUUUCAUACAUUUUUCUUCUUCUCCUCUUCGUCAUCGGCCUUUUCGCCACGUAUUUUAUCAAAUUCACGCCGAAAAAUAAACCCACCGAGCAAAACGAAAUAUCCGAUGUACAAAAUACGGCGGUGAUUCACAAGAGUGUCGCACCUACUACCAACGGCACGAUCAACAAAAACAAUCUCCAGUUCAAAGCGGAGCUGAAGAGCGUGUUCGCCACGUUUGACAAGAACAGCGACGGAUAUAUAACAAGUGAUGAGCUCAAGUCCUCGUUGAAGAACAUCGGGAUCACGAUGAGCGACAAAGACGUGAAAGAAAUGGUGGAGAAAGUCGACGCCAAUGGAGAUAAUCUGAUCGACAUCGACGAGUUCUGCACGUUAUUCGAGUCGAUCAUGAGUUCGAGUCAUGUCGAAGAUGACGCCGAAAAAGUCGGAGAUGGAGGAGGGUAUCUGAGAGAAGCGUUUAAUGUGUUCGAUGAAGACGGGGAUGGUGUAAUAACGGUGGAGGAGCUGGGGAUGGUGUUGUCGUCGCUGGGGUUUAAGGAAGGGAAGCUGUUGGAGAGCUGUAAGGAGAUGAUUAGGAAAGUUGAUGUGGAUGGAGAUGGGAAGAUCAAUUUUGAUGAGUUUAAGAUGAUGAUGAAAGCUGGGACUAAGUUUCUUCCAGUUUCGUGAGAUCUGAUCUGAGGUUGGUUUGGUUUUUUUUUUUUAAUGUUGUAGCGGUUUGUUUGCUUGUUGUCUAGAUCUAGAUUUGUACAGAUAACUGAGGGGUUGCUUAGUGGUUCCACUAGUUUGCUGGCUAAUCUCUCUUUUCUGCAUCUAAUGACUUGUUAAUUCUAGUUUUUCAGGAUUUUGUUCAUAGUAAUAUUGAUCUAAAUUCGACGCA